GGCAGAGUUCUGAGCCUGAACGACCAGAAGGAACCAUUCCAAUGUGGAGGGGUGGGCGAAGAUCUCAUGUUAGAAGGGAGCUCCUGGUGCCGACGCCGCGGACGGGAGCUCAUUGGGGUCAAUCCAAGUCAUGCAGGUUGUAAGAACCGCGGGGUCUCGGUUUCUGUGGUCAUGGGCAGGGCCACCGACGAGCAGGGUCGUGGCCCGGGCGCCGGCCGCCACCGUCCAUACGGGCGCCCAGCAGCUGCGGGACGCGGCGGCCAAGCAGGAAGUCGAGGAGAAGACGGAGGCUCCGGCCCCGAGCCGCAGGAGCUUCAGCAUUUACCCUCCAGUUCCAGGACAGGAGAGCUCCCUGAGGUGGGCAGGGAAGGCAUUUGAGGAGAUCCCCAUCGCGCACAUCAAAGCGUCCUACAACAACACCCAGAUCCAGGUGGUCUCUGCCACGAACCAGCCCCUUGCCCGCACUUCCUGCGGCACAGAGGGGUUUCGGAAUGCCAAGAAGGGCACGGGCAUCGCGGCACAGACCGCGGGCAUCGCGGCCGCGGCGAAAGCGACGGGGAAGGGCGUGACGCAUGUCCGUGUGGUGGUGAAAGGCCUGGGGCCAGGGCGCCUGUCCGCCAUCAAGGGGCUGACCAUGGGGGGCCUGGAAGUGAUCUCCAUCACAGACAACACCCCCAUCCCGCACAACGGCUGCCGCCCCAGGAAGGCUCGGAGGCUGUGAUGGGAGGAAGCCCCCACCUCCAGACCUCGUCAGAAGCACUGUCGGCGCUCUCUCCAGGGGGUGGCUUGUUGGAGGUCCUCCAGGCAGUGAGGGACCGCUGUGCCUCCCUACGUGGUGGCCUUUGUCGUACUUUUGACUGGAGCUCGGCGUGCCCAGAAGUGAGGCUGUCCUCUCCUGGACACAAGGAGAGCCAGAGCAGUAGCUGGGGCCCCAACUCCAACCAGUGAAUGCUGCCCUGCUCUAAAAAAAUAAAACAAUAUCUCU